AUUGUCAAAUGUCAAAUAAACGUUUUAUGUUCUAACAUUUCUAAGUUCAUAAUAAAAUCAUCAACAAUCUAAGUUACAAAAUAACUAUUGUUGCAGGAUUAACUCAGUUAACCUUCACUCUUUAAAGCUGGAGUCACCUAAUGCUGAGAAUUACUUUGUAUACAGAGCAAAAAGAACUACAAUGGCAACCGGUACUCUUAGCCAAUAUAUUCAGACGGUGGAAAGAAUGUUUAGACUUGGAGAAGGCCACGAACUGGCGCGACUUUUGUCCCUUAAAGAUGCACAUGUUGUUAAUAGAAACCUACGAUCCAGUGAUAUUGCUACCAUGGUGGAAGGGAAUUGCGUAGCUCCCCUCGAUGAGCUUAUUAUCUGCCAUUUAUUAUGUGUGAAGGCCAUCUGUGAAAAAGAAUUCUUGGAAGCUUACAGUCACCAAAGUCAAUGUGUCGUAACUAUUGUGAAGAUUCUGCAAAAUCAAAAGGAACAAAAUUGGUGUCUUCCUUUAAUGUACACUGUGUGUUUGGAUUUAAGACUGGUUGCACAAAAAGCUGAAACAGCCCAAAGUAAUGGCAAGAUUUUGGAAAAAGCUGCUGAGAGCUUGCUUUCCUGCUUUAGAGUAUGUGCAGCCGACAACAGAACAUCUGAUGACGAUACUAAACGACUCGGCAUGUUGUAUCUCGUCAAUCAACUUCUCAAAGUUUAUUUCCGCAUCAAUAAACUGCAUUUAUGUAAACCGCUCAUAAGAGCCAUUGACUCUUCGCCCCUCUGGUACCAGUUUCCAUUGGCUCAGCAAAUAACAUACAGAUACUUUGUAGGACGUAAAGCAAUGUUUGAUUCUGAUUAUAGAAUGGCAGAUGAAUAUUUAUCUUUUGCAUUCCAAAAAUGCCAUAGAAAAAGUCAUAAGAAUAAAAGACUUAUAUUAACAUACCUAAUACCAGUUAAAAUGUUGCUUGGCUAUAUGCCAACUAGGGGUCUAUUGCAGAAAUAUGAUCUGCUACAGUUCUGGGACUUGACGUCCGUUGUUAAGAAUGGUGACUUGAGAGGCAUUGACAGAAUAAUGGAAAUGCACGAAAGUUUUUUCAUUAAGGCAGGUAUUUACUUAAUUGUCGAGAAAUUGAAAAUAAUUGCAUACAGGAACCUUUUUCGGAAAGUAUUUUUGGCUGAAAAUACACAUCAGAUUGAAAUAGCCAGUUUUCAAGCUGCUUUGCAAAUAAGUGGGCAAGAGGAUGUGGACUCCGAUGAAACACUGUGCAUUGUAGCCAAUUUGAUAUUUCUCGGUAAGAUUAAAGGUUACAUGUCAUACCAACACAAAAAAGUCGUCGUUAGCAAGCAAAAUGCAUUCCCGCCAUUAUCGACUUUGUAAUUCUUUGUGCAGAAUAAAUGUGAAUUGUAUCUUUUGAA